CUGCAAAGCAUUUCUCACAAAGCUACAUAUAAACCCUCAAUCUAGGUUUCCUGCCGCUCUCUCAGCAUUUUCGACUCUUCUCUCUCCGCAGCCAUCGGCCGAAGCUUGCAUUCACACAGCGACAAUGGUGAAAGGUCGUCAGGGGGAGCGCGUCAGGCUCUACGUCCGCGGCACUAUUUUGGGAUACAAGAGGUCGAAGUCGAAUCAGUAUCCAAACACGUCCUUGAUUCAGAUUGAGGGCGUCAACACUCAAGAGGAAGUAGCGUGGUACCGCGGGAAGCGCAUGGCGUACAUUUACAAGGCCAAGGUGAAGAAAAACGGGUCCCACUACCGUUGCAUUUGGGGAAAGGUUACCCGGCCGCAUGGUAACAGCGGUGUUGUCCGCGCCAAGUUCAAGUCCAAUCUCCCCCCUAAAUCAAUGGGUGCAAGGGUGAGAGUGAUGAUGUAUCCUAGCAACAUCUAAGAGGGAGUAUGAAUUUAAGGUGUCAAACAUAUACAUGAGUUUGAAGAUUUUACGAAGCCCAACCUCAUAUUUGGAUUGAGCUCCAAGACUUAUAUUUAUUGCUAUUAAUAUUUUUUCUUUUUUUUUUUGACGGGUUUUAAAAAAUGUUAAGAAAAGUGGGUGUAAAAAAGUUAGUGGAAUAUGAGUCCCACUUGAAUAUAUUAGUUUUAAAUGAAAUGUGAGUGAAAUAAGUUAGUUGAAUGUGAGAUCCGAAAAAUGAGACUCCUAUUCAAGUAUGGAGGUAAAUAGAAAUUAAAACUUAUCACAGUGGAUUUGGAUUGA